CACACUCUAUCGCACUCUCUUUUUCUGGCCUUCCCACGCCUCCCGGUUCAGCCUCACCCACGUGACCCUAUCUAGCACGCAAAAAAAAAAGAGAUGGCAAAAUAUGUUCUGUUCGAAGGAGCUCCCGGAUAUGCCCUGUUUGAGCGCAUCAGUGGAGGAGAACAAAUCGACCAGCAAAACUUCAAACUUCAAGGACAAUUUCUGGAUUUCAAGAGGUUCUGUAAAAUUGUCCAACUCCGGGCUUUCUGUCCGUUUUCCUCGGCGGAAAAUGCGCUAGAAAAUAUCAUCGACUUGUCAGAAGGUAUGCUGACUACAACGCUGAAAGAGUUUCUGGAACUUAAUGUGCCAAAAGACGGCGAGGCAGUAUUGGGCGUAGCCGAGGACAAACUCGCUGUUUCAAUUAGAGAUGACUUAAACUUCAAAGUCGAACGAUCCCAGACUGUAAAUGAACUAAUUCGAGGAAUACGUUACCAUUUCGGUACCUUUCUAAAGCAAAUGUCUGGCGAAUCAUUUCAAUUGGAAAACAUCCUUAUCGCCCAACGAGGAUUGGCUCAUGCCUAUUCACGAUCAAAAGUAAAAUUCAAUAUCAACAAGGCCGAUAAUAUGAUCAUCCAGAGUAUAUGCUUGCUUGAUCACUUAGAUAAAGACGUAAACACAUUCAGCAUGAGGCUUCGAGAAUGUUAUUCCCGCCAUUUCCCAGAACUUUCUAGACUUGUUCCAGACCACCUGACUUAUGCCAACUGCGUUCAUUUACUCGGUCCCCGAUCUCAAAUCGGACCAGAUACGCUUCCUGAACUCUCUAAACUUCUAGAAAGCUCUGAAAAGGCACAGCAAGUACUUGAUGCCGCUAAACUCUCUAUGGGUGUCGAUCUGUCCGAGAUCGAUCUACGUAGCAUCGAACAGUUCUCCAAGCGCGUCGUUCGACUAGCCGAACACCGCUUUCUCAUACAAAAAUAUCUCCACAGCCGAAUGAACGAAGUUGCCCCCAACCUUUCCGCGCUCAUUGGUGAAGUAGUUGGCGCUCGUCUCAUCAAUCACGCCGGAUCUCUCACUAAUCUGUCAAAAUAUCCAGCCUCCACCGUCCAAAUACUCGGCGCCGAAAAGGCGCUCUUCCGUGCCUUAAAAAGUCGCGGCAACACCCCUAAAUACGGACAUAUCUUCAAUUCCACCUUCAUCAGCAAGGCAAAACUCAAAGACAAAGGACGCAUCUCUAGAUACCUAGCUAACAAAUGCUCUAUCGCAUCCAGAUUAGACGCAUUUGGUGAUUUCACCACCUCUGUAUUUGGCACCUUCAUGAAACAACAAGUCGAAGAUCGACUUCAUUUUUAUGAAACUGGGCAAGCUCCUAAAAAAAAUAUCGACGUCAUGAAAGAGGCCAUCCGUCAUCUCCAGCCUUCCACCACCACUCAAAAACGCUCCCCUCUUCCCCUCUCCUCUCCAUCUCCGUCUCAUAAAAAACGAAAAACGCUAUCUUCCUCUGAUGAACCCCAUGAAAAAAAAGAUUCCAAAAAAGAUUCCAAAAAAGAUCGCAAAAAAGAUUCCAAAAAAGAUUCCAAAAAAGACUCUAAAAAAGACCCCCACAAAGAUAAGGAUACUCAUGAAAAAAAAGACAAAGAACAUAAAACCAAAAAGCAUAAAAAAACCUAGUCUUCAUCUGACAUCCU